UGCACCAGUUCUGUUUCAACAUGUUCGUGUGUAUCAUUUUGAUCGCCUAUGCUGUGGCAGCCGACGCUACCGUAAAUAGCCCAUGUAAAACGGGAACCGACUGCGCCAAAGACGAGUGUUGUGUGGUUGUCAUACCUCGAAAAGGAAAACGUUUUAGCCUGACUCCCACAUGUCAGAAACUGGGCACGGAAAACGUAAACACCGACUGUUAUGUUAAAAGCCACAUGUCUCCAACUAUGACGCAGUACAUAGACAAAUGUCCGUGUACUCCAGGCCAUGAAUGUGUUUCAACUGGAAUCAUUGAAGUGCCGCAAGGAGAACACGGUAAAUGUACCCGUCAGACGCAUAGUGGAACUCAACAAGUGAAUCAUCCGUGUAAUUCUGGUGCCGACUGUGCUGAUGACGAGUGCUGCGUUUCUAACAUAAGACCUCUUGGCAAGCGAAGUCUUUUUAAUUCAGGACACUGUGAAAAACUUGGAACAAGACAUUCCCACUGUUUGAUGAGGGAUGCAGGUCAUUCUGGCAAGCCAGCUCAUCAGAUGUUUCAGUGUCCAUGUUCUGUAGGACUGAAAUGUGUAGGAAUUCAUCAGUUUGACAUGCCUCUUGGAGAAAUAGGUCAAUGCCAUUGAACUACUGCUGACAAUGCAAGAGCCAAAUGAGAGCUGUUUAUACAGUGUUAAUAUAUCAUACAUAAUAUAUUAUAUGUUUUAAUAAAAUGUUAAUAAAUUAUAUGUUUAUUAAACAUUACCAUGGUGAUCUUG